CAACGGUGUGCAAGCGAUGCAACCUGCCCAAGUCAACACAAGUUCAAGAGUAAGCACGCGACUCGGCGAAAGGCACAAUCGUCGCAGACUUCGAACCGCGCGCACGUUUACGUAUAUCGUGAUUCUGUAACCGUCGCAUUACGAAAAAAGUAAUCGAGUGUUAUUCGAACUGAAAAAGAAAACAAUUUAAAAUUAGAAGUGUUUUUUAUUAUUUUUAAAUUUUGCGGCCCAGCAGCGAGUCAAAGGCAACGAUGCGAAACUUCUUAUGGAUUGUCGCACUGCUCGCCGCCGUCUCCAUAACACGUGGUGCCCCGGCCUCAUCGUCGAGCCACGGCAACAGUAUAAUGGACGACAAGAAAGAACCGAGCACACACGAACUCCUCAGCUCCCUUGGCCUUAAAAAACUCAGGAUACCCGCCGCUCACCACCGCAAACGGCUAGCCGAGCAAGGCAGAAGGCACGCUACUGGAGAUUCCAGAAUGUUCGUUAUCAAACUCCCCCCGAAUACAAGCUACUACACCCACGCAGACCCAGCCCCGGCCGCGGCCAGAACUUUACCUUUACAAAUGACAAGUAACGGCAAACCAGCCAGAGUUUACCAUUGGAAUAUUCCAGUAUUGCAGAAGCUCGCCAAGAACCGACCACAAGCGAGAUUCGACGAUGACGUUGUCGACGUGGAAAGUACACCCACAUGGCCAAAAGAGGCCAACAAUCAUCCGAACUCAUUGAACGCAUUAGCUUACUACGUGCCAGCUAAAAAGACUUCCUUCAGAAAAUAUUUCUCGGGCAACGGAAAACCUAAAUCCUUUUAUGUCAUAGAGAAAAAUAAGAAAUCUGCGGAAUACCAUAGACUACUGCCAUAAUCAAUUACUCUCCCGUUUGAACAUUAGUGUAAACAUCUCUAAUUAGGUACCUACAUGUUUGUUGAUGGCCCAGUAAUUUUUUAAUUUAAUUAAUUCGCUUUCUUCAUAAUAGAAACCUACUAUUUUAAUUUUUGCAGUGAAAUUAAAACAAUGAGUAUAAUUUUAGCGCACUUUUACUAAAACAUAGUUCCCAAUAAAUUUCUUUCACAUUGAGGUAUUACGUGUCUGUCUUUAAUGACUUAUAAUAUUCAUAGAAGUCAGUAUACGCUAAUAGAACGCAAUAGCAACUGUAUUCUAUUCUAUUCUAGUUUCUUUACAUAAAUAUAGAAACGUUUAGAAUAAUCAUCAUCUUAUAUCAUGAUGUUAGUAGUUAUAUUAUUGGGAAUAGCCCUUAAGACAAUAUUUCUAAAUAGAGCCAUCCAUUUCGGUUCCUAAUAUCAAUAGCUCUUGUACUGAUAAAACAAUAUUCAAAAAUAACAAAUUUUUAAAGUAGGGACCUAUCAUGAGGUUAGAAUAGAUCGCUUAGUAUUUUUUUUUUUCUAUUAAGAUAUUACAGUAGAUACCUGUUUAGUAAAUCAAAUUGUCUUAUUUCGCAUCUUGCACCCUGCACUUAUAGUUUUAAAAUGUAUAGUUUUAAAAUAAGUUUUUUUUUACAUAUUUAUUAACCUAAUUCUUGCUGUACUUUUAUUAAAAAUUGUCUUAAUGUAUACUUUCAUUUUGCUACUAAAGCUAGAAUUAAGUAAUUAUGUCCAUAUAAGUCAACAGCAUUAGAUUUAAUACUUUAUACGUAUAAAUGUAUCAAACAUGUCUAGUUUGGCUAGUGCCACAUUCACAAUCAAUGUAUCUUCGUCCGCCAGCAGUGUUGCCAGAUUGGAUAUAUUUUUCGCAAUUUCGAGUAAAUUUUUACUAAACUAAACUGCUUAUUUUCACGAAAUUCUGGGAGAAAAUUGUAAUAAUUUUUUUACAAUUUUCAUAUAAGUAAACCGUGCAGUAUAUUAAUUCAAUAAUAUAUACCAGCAAUUAAGAUAAAAAAAUCAGACGCUGAGAAAAACAGUUUUUUCGUUGCUCUUGUAACUUGUAACUAUACAUAGCAAAAUAUAAUGAAAACCUACAACAAUUUGAGACUGACUUUAAAAAUCAUAUCGUAUCAAUUUGAAGAAAUGUUUUUGAGAUUUGGGUAAAAUUCAAAAUCGCAUCUGACAACUCCCGAAAAUACGCGACCGAAGAUAUGCUGAAUACGACACUAGCCCUUGACAACUUUUCGGUUACAGAUUUUUUACAAAAAUUAUAAUAUCCAAUUUCGUACUUAAACGUGAUUGUAAUCACUAUUAAUCAAGUAUUAAAAUAUAAGUAUCAAAUCUUAUUAACCUAAAAAACGAAGGACUUUUGUUCGUAGAACAUUAUUAGGCAAUAAAUACGCCAAAAAUAUUCGAUGUUAUAACACGCAGAUCGCGAUUAACCAAGAAAUUUUUAAAACAUUAGAUAAUUUUGCUAUUUAUAUUUUAUUGUGACGAAAAUGAAGGUUUUUAUUUUGUAUAUAGGUAGAUAUUAACCGCUUCGCGAUUUAGCAUUAAGCAAUCGAUAGGUGCUUAGACUUAUUUGUAAGACUGCUGAUACGAAUUUAAAUUAUUAUUUAGGUGUAUGAAUAGCAUUUUUUUAAGAAACAAACAUGAUGCAACACAUAGAUAGAAUCAUAAGCCCAUUCUGAUUAUGCUAGCUAAAUCAACCUCGGUAGCUGUAGCGUCUACUAGUUAAUAUCUUUGAAAAAAAAAAAAUAGCAGUCAUCUGUGAACGGGACGCUUGUUCAUGAGUGGACAAAAAUUCAAAUCACUUAUUUUAUAUCAAACUGUAACUUACUUUACCUACCAGAUAAAGCUAACAUAAUAUAAACAAAGCAUACAUACCUUGUAUUUGAUAUUAACUCAAAAAUAAAAUGAAUUAAUUACACAGUACUCUUAUUUAUAAGGUAUAGACAAGUGUUGCAAUAAAAAAAAAUUACGAUAUCGUAAGCAAUAAGUAUACCCUUAGAUAAAUAAUAUAAGUUGUUUAUCUAAAGGUAUAAGAACAGCUUGGUAGGACUUUGGGUAGGGUGUUUCAGUUACAAACCUAGUUGGAGAUUUGAAUUUAGCCUAUACGCUGUUAUGGGUAUAAUUAUAAUACUUCAGACUGUUAUCUGAUUGCUCAUGAAAUACUACUAACCCUACUUUAUGGCUGUAUACACAUUGUCCUGAACAUGAAUGAUUGAAUUUUUUUCUUAAUUAUUUAUUCUAUUUUUAAUAACAGUCGAUAUCAAUCAAUUAUCCGUAACAGUUAUCGCUUUAACAAUAGCAUUUAAUAGUAAUUUAAGUAUCUACCUAUUUUGUAUGUACAACAUAAUUGAACAAUAAAAUAUUUUAUUGAAU